AUAAUAAAGAAAGAAAAUAAAUUCAAGCCCCCCUAACCCCCCUUGUUCUCUUCUCCUUCGUUUAAUAAUUUAUUAAUAAAUAAAAAAUCGCUUCUCAAUUCUCAUUUUUAAUCUCUCUCUCUCUCAAGAAAGGAAUCCCGUUCUGCAAAAUCCAGCAAAAUUUCUGCUGAAUCCUGCCACGUGGAGCCUUUCUUCUUUCGCUCAUCGUUAAAUUGUUUAAUUUUGUUUAGGAUCGGAGGUGUUUUCGAGCUGUGAUUUGGGGCUCUGCUCUUGUUGUUGAAUGAUCGCAGAUUGCGCUUCUGGAUGAGCAUUUGGACUGACUAAUCAAACUCACAGCAUGGACCAUUUGCAGAAUCCACUGGAUAUUGGAUCUGCAAGAACUGGUUCAUGAUUUGAGACUAAGAUAUCACCAAGCACAACUAUAUAGUGUCCUCUGAAGGAAUAAAAGCUUCAGCCACCGGCAUGGGUCAGAGAACUACACUAUGCACUCAGCAACUGCUUGAAAUGCAGUCGGGACAAGAUGUCAGUCACAUCUAUCCUGAUCGCUGCAUUCGCACAGGACAAGUUGCUGACUACACCAAUCAGAGUGUUCGUUCUUCGAUGUCAACUUCUGGAAGUACUAUGGAACAGGGUCUCUUGUUUAGGGACUACAACGACAGGACUGCUUUCUAUGGAAGCCAGUAUAAUGGUUUCCAGCGGUUCCAGUCAGUUGGAGAUCUUGGACUAGGAGCUGUUACUCCACCCAAUUUCUGUAUACCUUCCAUGUUACCGUCAUCUAGCAGAAACUUCCCUGCUGAGAAUAAUGGUUCCUUCGACCACUUCCCACUUAUAGACAAGUUUGGUAUGCAUAAUGAAUUCGCUGAUAGUACCAUAGGAGUUGGCAAAAGGAAGAAUGUGGAUAUACCUCCAGGAAACCAGCACAGUGUUGAUGGACCUGCAAGCUCUAGUCAGGCAUUGCCUUUUCUUUCCUUAAACUGUGGAUUGCCACAGUGGGAGCAGUCAUAUGAACCAGGGGUGAAUCAGGCUGAUUCUACAAAUAUUGAGCAUCCUGGGUACCAAGAGGUAGGAAAUAUCCAAACAGCAGAGGGAUCUCAUAGAAUGAGUAGUAGAUCUAGUGCCAUCAGUCUUCAACCAGAACCUGCAUAUUUUCAUCCUAAUUAUGUGCUUCAAGCGACUCAUAUGGGUCAUGCCUUGCAUCCUGCGAGCAACGUGUGGAUGUCACAAUUUGGCACUGAGAAUAAUGCUGAUGACAGGGCAUCUUCUAAUUGGAUUUACAACCAUCCGACGUCUCAUCUACAUGGAAGAUGCCUUCAUUCAAAUGCUUUUGGUUUGACAAAUAUGGGCGUUCAGGCAUUCCCUGAUACCUCAUCCACUGCAAAUGCUGGAGUCAUUUUCAGUCAUACACCGCAGCCUGGUUUUCAACAUCUAGCACCUGUACAAACCAUGCAACACCCAAGCUAUGGCCAAGUUCAAAUGCAAGCACCUUCUUAUCAACAUCCAUUCAAUCCCUUGCAUCCUGUCUAUGUAAAUCCUACUAGUCAUGGUCCAAAUUCAGGUUCCAGAUUUCCAUACUUUCCAUCCGGUGCUGAACAGAUUUUCAGGCCUCGCCAUCUACACCAUGCAACUCCAGAUUUUAGUUAUGGAGGUGUGAGGAUUUUAUCCUCAGAGGAUGCUGCGGUUGUGGAUAACAUCUCAGGGUUUUCUGGAGGAGGGAAUAUGAUCGACCAGCACGAAGAUAUGCGACUGGACAUAGAUGAAAUGUCCUAUGAGGAGCUCUUAGCCUUGGAAGAACAAAUCGGAAAUGUCAAAACUGGCCUGACUGAAGAAUCCAUCAUAAAGAAUCUCAAGACGAGUGUGUAUAAUUCACAAACAUUGCUGCCAUCAGACAAGUUAUGCAGAUUUUCUGAAGAGACUGAUCCUUGCAUCAUAUGCCAGGUGGAGUAUGAGGAGGAUGAGAUCAUUGGCACUCUGGACUGUGGCCACAAUUAUCAUGGGGACUGCAUAAAGCAAUGGUUGCUAGUGAAGAACUUGUGCCCAAUUUGCAAAAAGACGGCGUUGGCUGCGGAUAAUAGUGAAGGAUAAGGGGACCGUAUGUGUAUUUAUUUGUUUAAACUCGUAUAUGGUGUAAAUAACUGUGGAUAAAUGCUGUCCUUGCACCAGAUACAUUUAGUAGUGGUCAUAGACGUUAAGGCAAGCUUAAUAACUGUACAGAAGCAAAAAAAAUUGUUCAUUUUGUUAGACAUUUUAGCUAGCAUGUAGAUGUUGUCAUUUAUUACUUAGUAACUUAAUCAGCAGAGUUCUGAUAGAUCUGUUGUGUUUAUUUCUUGUGUUUGAAGCGAAUAUAUGCAAGCCUUUGCCUCUAAAUUAGAGGCAGGCCAUUGUCGCUUGGGGAUUUAA